AGCGCGGCGGGACGCGGAGCAGCCCCGGAGGAUGGGGCGAGCGGCGGCAGGCGUCGGGCUGGGCACCGUGUCCCUCUGGGGCUGCCUCCUGCUCGCUGCCGGCCUUGCCCUUGACCCAGCACCGCCCAUCUGCAACUGCUCGGAGCCCAUGGACUACCAGGCUUUCCGGGAGGCUCCGCUCCCUGAGAGCUGCUGCCUCAACUUCACCAGCUCCAACAUCACCCAGCUAGACUGGGGAGCACUGGUGGGGGUGCAGGGGCUGCGGGAGCUCUACCUCUCCCACUGCAGCAUCACGGCCAUCAGCAACGCACAGGGAGUCCCUCCUGCCUUGGAAAUCUUACACUUAAGCCACAACCUGUUGGAAAGUCUCCCUGGAAGCUUUCUAGAAAAUGCCCCUAAUUUGAGGGUUCUUUAUCUGGACAGCAACCAGCUUCAGGAGCUACCCCGGUCCUUCCUGAAGGCAUCUUCCCAGGUCCAGGAGGUCUACCUGGGCUUCAAUGCCCUCACCUUUCUUCCUGCCAGCCUCCUGAAGCCAUCUCUGCUCCAGCUUCAGCUCUCCAACAACAGCUGGGACUGCAGCUGUGCUUUGCUAACCAACCUGGAGGGUUGGUCCAGCCAGGCUGCCGAGGUUAUCUGCCACACACCAGAGCACUACCACGGCGUGGGCCUCCAGAGCAUCCCCCGGGACGAGCUGUGCCGCUCGCACGGCCUCACCGCCCUCUUCAUCUGCCUGCCUCCCCUCCUCAUCCUCACCUGCGUCACUUGGUGCUUCUGCCGGCAGAAGAAAAAGACCAACUACAGCCUCCAGAGCAGGUCCCAGAGCCAGCGGGCCAUGGCAGAGAGGAGCAAUGUGCCAAUGUCUGCAGAGCCCCACCACUACAUCCCCUACGAGCUGCCUGCUGCUCCCUCCAAGACUGAGAAGAAAGUGCUGCUGGGGAAACAGGUCGUGCUCCAGCCCUUCGUGGAUCCACUGGAGAGUGGCAGAGACCUCUAUGAGGAGGUGGAGAUCCAGGUGGGAUCCCCCAGCAGUCCCCAGGUGCCAUCCCAUGAAGGGCAGCUGGGCACCCCAGCACCAAGGGCAGAGGAGCUGGGCAGUGAGCCAGAGGUGGACACCGUGAGCGUGAGUGAAGUCCUGAAGGACUCUGCUGACCGGGAGAAGAUCUACAUGAGUCAGACAACCAGCUAUUACAACCUGGUACCUGGUAUCGAGCUGGAGGACUCAGACAACCUGGAGUAUGAGACCAUUGACCUGCACUGAUGCCAGGACUUGGGCUGUGUCUGGACACACAGCUGGAUGGCAGGGGCUGGGCAGCAGUGAAAGCCACCAGAGCAGGAGAGGCAUGAGUUGUCCUGCCAUGGCUGACAGUGGCUGUUUGCAAAGCUGCACCCCCAAAUACCCGUCCCUUCCCCUGUGCUGCUGUGUGAACCCUCGCUUGCCAUGUGCUGCAGCUGGGCAAGGCUGCAAGGGGGCUUCAGGCUCUGGGAACCCUACCACAGGCUGGUGGUGCCUGAGGAAGGACGUGGAGGGAAGGUGGGCGCUGGUUUUGGGGAUCAAGGGAUGAUGCUGUGAGUGCCAGACCCACUGACCAGAGCUUCCUCUCUUGCUGGAGCCAGACGGUGCCUGGCACAGACCUGCUGCUCUCCAGCCUGCAGGGAACACGGUCUGGAGACAUGAAACAGGGCUGGCCCUGCCUGUAUGGUCUGCAGGGAGUGUUGCAUUUGGACGGGGUGCCCCGGGCCUGGCAGGGGAAGCCUGUGGUGGCUCUGCCUGCUGCCCACGCCACAGUGGCACAGGGACUUGAGACAGUCAAUGCACAUGUGCUGCUUCAUGGCGUGUGUGUGUGAAGUGCACACACAAACAGGGCGGUGUCAGAGGCGGCCCCUUGCAGACAGCCCUGCAGGAUCCAGCUCUCAGUAAGAAAUAUAUCAUUUUACUCCUGGCA